AUGUCAUCAGCUAGGCACUUCGCCGAAUGUUAUCAGCUAGGCCCUUCGCCGAACGCAUGUCACCUCACCGACGAGCUCUCCCGCGACGAUCUCACCGACGAGCUCUCCCGCGACGAUCUCAUCGACGAUCACUCCCGCGAUGAUCUCACAUCCGAGUUCUCCAGUGACGACCUCAACAUCAAGCUCUCCAAGAGCUCAGCACGUCACGUCACCUCAUCGACGAGCACUCCCGCGACGAUCUCACAUCCGAGUUCUUCAGUGACGACCUUAACGUCAAGCUCUCACCUCACCGACGAGCUCUCCCGCGAUGAUCUCACCGACGAGCUCUCCCGCGACGAUCUUACAUCCGAGUUCUCGAGUGACGACCUCAACGUCAAGCUCUCCAAGAGCUCAGCACGUCACGUCACCUCACCGACGAGCUCUCCCGCGACGAUCUCACCGACGAGCUCUCCCGCGACGAUCUCACAUCCGAGUUCUCCAGUGAUGACUUUAACAUCAAGCUCUCUAAGAACUCAGUUAGGCAUGUCACCUCACCGAUGA